ACAAAAUACGUUUUAUAUUCUAGUUGGCUUAGACCAGACCAUUUUUUAGAUCAGAUUUUUAAUUGUAUAUAAAUUAAAAUAAUAUAUUUAGGUGAUUUAGAUCAAUCUGAUACAUUUGUGAUGAGAUAAAAUAUUUUUUAGUGUUUUAAGUAGAGGCAAAAUGGCCACAUCAACCGAAUCUGUUAAGAAAAUCUGUGACAUUAUUGAAGAAAGAGAUCUCGAAAUCUUUCAAAAGGAAGUUAAAAUAAAGUAUUUAAGUGAUUUAAUUAAGAAAGUAAAAAAUGAAACUUUAGAAUUGGAAAGAACGAAGAAAAAGAUUGAAGAAGUAACAAAAUCCAUGCAGAGUCAGAUUGAUCAACUGGACUCUGUUCAUAUAAGUAUUAAGACUGCUAAUGAAGUUAUCACAAAAUGUCUUGUAAAUUACGGAACAUAUGAAACGCUCUUAGCUAAAGAUCAAGAAGCUCAAGAACAGAAUGAAAUAGAGUUUCAAAAUGAUUUUAAUAAGGCAUAUACAACAAUUCAGAAUCAUCAACAGUCGAAUGAACUAUACCAAAAAUUUUUGAAUGCCAAAUAUGAAUACUUAAGAUUAGAUAUUGAAAGAAGAGAAAUUAAAUUCCAAAAUACUAAAUUGAGAAGAAUGAGCAAGGAACGCUUAGAAAUCAUAAAACAAAUCUUUUAUAACUAUUAUAUUGAUUUAGCAAAGGAAUAUGUUGAACAACAUAGGAAAGAUAAAGGCAAUACGAUUGCUAAAGAAACAAAAAAUAAAAAUACUGUGGAAAUUGGUCAGGAUGUUAAAAUCCAAGAAAAUAAAAAACGUAGCCUUGAACCAGAAUUAUUCAGUAAGAGAAUAAGUGAAAUUCUUAAAAGCGAAGAAGAAAUAGAAAUAGUUCCGACCAAAAUAAGGAUACUAGAAGAUUCAAUUAUUGUACCUCCCUUGGAUUAUAAAGCUAUAGUAGAAGAAAGUAAACAAAAGAUGAAGAAGAUAGAUAUGGCGAGUCGAUGGAAAAAUAUAUUGAAAAGCGGAAAAUCCAAUAAAGAUAUCUCGAGAUCUAAUAUUUUCUCACAGGAAUCAUUUAUUCAGUCACAGCUUAACGAAAGUCAGGUUUCUCUUAGCCAACAAGCACCUUUGGUUCAAGCGAAUGCUAGUCAAAAAGUGGACUCAAAUCCUAUUGUGAUUUCACAGAUUAAUAAUCAACAAGGACCACUAAAUAGCAACGAAGCUUUAAGCGUACCACCUAAGACAGUGAAUGAAAAUGUACCAGGAAAUGUUAAAAAACAUGCCGAACCUAGCCAACUAUCAAUGGGUCAUGGAUAUAAGCAAGCUUCAGUGCCAUUACCAAACUCACAGCGUUCAACUAGACCUUCCCAAGGAGUCAAAAUGAGUCCAAUGAUGAGUCAAAAAGCUGCAUUACCCCAACCAAGUGAACUAAGUAAAUCGGUACGGUUUAAUGUCGGCCCAGUGCAGACUGAAACCAAGCAAAAUUUUGGCGGUUCAUCGUUUAUGGGAAAUACAUAUAGUUCGUUUUUUACUAGGCCACCAGUGCAACAAAAUCCAGGAGACGACAUGAAAAUGGAAUAUACAGGAAAUAAUAGCAUGGCGAAUAUGUCCGCCCUUGAUUUUACUGACGUUAAUUCUGCAGAGGACAUGCCUGGCAUGGGAAAUAGUAUUGUACUCAGCCCAGAGUUUUCUUACAAUCUCGACCAGGAUCCAACGGAGCAAGACGUGCCAGCUAGUUCGCCACCAAUACAACCACAAAGAGGGCCAUCAGGCAGGUCAGAGGGCUUCUUUUCAUUUGGAAUAAAAAACAUUUUUGACCCGUUUAGAUCAAAUUAAAGUAUGUUAACAUUUUUUUUCGCUAAAAACAAAAAGUUUAUUCCAUAUCUUUGCUUAAAUUAGGUCUGCUGUAUUGUAACGAAAUUUUAUUUCACCGUUGUUUUAGUUUGUUAAUGAUGAUCUUUGUUGAUAUAGUGUGUUUCAUCAAUAUUUUUUAUUGCAAAUGAAUUAGUGAGAGCGUCCACCAAAGUGACGUAGCAUCUGACGUGGCACUUGAUCUUGCAAGUAACAUUGCUCUAGCAAGUUACAUCGAAUUGAACCAACGACAAUAAGUGUGUCAGCGCACAUUGAAGUAGCGCUGUCAGAAACGUGUCAUUUGUCGUUGUAGCAUGCUAUGCCACUGCUUCAAAAAUAGAACUGGUUCUACUUUUCGCUACUUGCUAUUAACACGUUACUCGAAUUUGGCAAAAAUGAAGGACGAUUUGGACAAUAUAUGUUUUGUAUUACUGAUUGUGGCUUUUCUAACUAGCACAUCAGUUUCUUUUUUCAUUCUAUAAAAUGCUUGAAAACUUUCAGGAUAGAUAUUCAAAUCUUUAAAAACACUAAAUCCACUGUUCCUUUGUCUCUUUUUGCAAAAGGGUAUCCAAUAGCGACGUUUUGGAUAAUUUUGGUUCAUAUUAAUUAAGUCAGUGCCACUGCCACAUCACUUAUAUGUGCGCUUCCUGCAAAAUCAUGCAACGCUAUUGCCAUAUCAUUGCCAUGUAUGUGCAACGUCAUAUCCUACGUCACUUUGGUGGGCGCUCUCCCUUAGUUUAAUGUUACAUUUAUGUUGCUUUAAUUUUCUUUAUUCAGUUUAUUAUUGAGUUUAUCUAAAACAAGAUGUUCUUCGUGUUUUUAUUUAUUGGGUUAGUUAAAUAUGAGUUUAAAUAUAAACAAGUUCGGUUUACUGGUUUGAGUAAAUUAGAUUUGAUUAUUAUAAAAGAAUUUGGUUAUUCUAGUUUCCUUUUAAUUUUGAAUCAUACAUUUAUUUUAUUAUAUUUUUCGUAUAAAAACAAAACCACAAGUGUUCAAUUUCAUGUUACUUAGUUUUUAUUGUUUUUUUUUUAAUUUAGAAUAUUUCUGUUUUAAAGUCUAGUAUAAUUCAUAAAGAAAAUUAUGCUUCCUUCCAAAGGACUUCUUGUUAGUUCAAAGUCUAAUGACUUAGUUUCAUGUUAAAUUUGUUUUUAAUAAACCAUUUUGUGUUAAAUAGUUCUCGUUUUCUUGCAUUCUUUAUGCUAUACGAUCGAAAAAAAAACGGCGUCAAAGAUGGCUUGAAAAUGAAGAUUGGCCAUUUUGUAUGUAAAAUU